AUGAAAGGUGCACAAAAACUUCCAAGGCAAAAGUAUAUGGUGUCCUGCAAGUUUUGUCAUCAAAAGGGACACAAUCAAAGAGGUUGUGAGUGGAAAAAGUUAGCUGAAAGUGGGAUUGCUGAUGGUGCCUUUGAGAUGGAGACACAACAUGAAGAGAUGACUCAAGGUGAUGAUUUUCCAUUAUUAACUCAGAAUGAUGAUAGCCAGCCUCAGAAUGAUAAUAGCCAAACUCAGAAUGAUGAUUUUCCUCAAAGAAAACUAAUUUUGUGUUUGUUUCAUGGCAGACAUGAUGAUCUGCAGUUGUGUUUGGGUCAUAUUCAGUAUGGUUCUUCUCCUUCUCUUCAAGUUCAGCUGCAGAUCCAACAUUUUGGCGAUUUGUUUCAGCUUCUAACCGGUUUAUUCUACGCAACAAACCGGGGAUUAUUUGUUUCGAUCUUGCACACAUCGGAGGGUCCAACCAAGCGACAAUCAUUUUGGGCACAAUCGAAGUACCUCCUUCCUGGGUUGGUAGGGGUCCAUGAGCUCUCUCUCUGCAUUGCAGCUUAUAUUGCUCUCAGUAUAGGCCAGCCCCAGAAGCUUUCCAAUGGGGAAGUCUCUAGUAAAGGUCGGCUGAUUGAUGUAUAUUUUAUAAGCGUUGAUGGAGGGUUUAGGCCACUUGUGGAGCAGACCCUUUUGCUUCAACAGAUGGCAAAAGGUCAGAGGAUCUACAAGGCGCAUUUUGUAAUUGAUGUUAGCGAACUUGGGCAAUCUAGUCCACUCCUACUGAAUGCAACAAUGUUUCCUGAAUUUCAAAGCAUUCCCUGGUACACCUCUGGGUCGUUCGGCGGACAAAAUGGAACUUAUUUCUUAAAGAAAAUUGAAAUUCCUUAUGGAACCUUAGAUAUUAUUGCGUUGGAUGCCAUCCUAUUCCAGGAUCACUCGAGUGUAUGUGCAAAUGAUCAGAUUCAGUGGUUGACAAGGAUUCUAAAAGAAAGUGACAGUGAGUGGAAAGUAAUAUUUGGUGAGUGCAAUAUCUUGAAAAUGGAAAAUGGGAGUCCUUUUGAGCCUUUAUGGAGCAUAUUGCUUCAAUAUGGAGUGGAUGCAUAUAUUAGCGCAAAAAAUUGCGUCAAAAUAUGGUCAUCGGGUGUUAAUUCAAUAGACAGAGGUCCCUAUUUUACCGCCGUAAAUCAGAACGUCGUUCUUAAAGAGGAUAAAACAGAUGGGUUUUUUCUCCACCGAGUCAGCUCACUAGAGAUGGACACAUUUUCUGUUGGGUUAACAGGAGAAAUUGAACACGAGUUAUCAAUUAAUGAAAGGGGUCGGGCGGCCAUGUAGGCUUCAGGAGACUUCAUGUUCUCCCUCUUUUUGGUAUCUCUCGUGCUCAAGUACAGUUAUUUGCUUCUAUUGCGAAUUAUGCAUAAGCCACUCGGUUUUUGCUGUUAUGGUGUGACGAUUUUCUGUUUUGUGGUUCUUAUGAGAACUUAUUGCUGCGCAUUUCUGUGUGAGCUAAUUUAUUAGCUUGAGCUUCUUCAUCUUUAUUAUGCAAGGGAUUUGACCUUUUCACAUUCUAGUAGAAAAUAGAGAGAGUUUCAAGUUGUGAUGGAGUUUGUGUUAAUGGUCUUUUCACAUUGUACAAUGGCAAUGUUAAAAAAACUAAAUAAAUAAUUGGAUGGCAAAAUGCAACACAGAACGCAGAUCAAUCAUUUCUAGUUCACUGCAAAAGCUUUUUUUUUUUUUUUUUUGNUGUUUGUGUUCGAUUAUGGUAUUAUCAUUGUUUUCCUAGUCACCAUUG